CCAAGAACCAGAGGAUCGAAAAUUUCACAAAUACGGUAUAGAAUUGCUUCGAACACACAAAAGAAAGCUAGUUUUACUUGUGUAUCUAUUUAAUUCUUGAAUUUUAAUACUUUUUAAAUACUGAAUGUCUAGAAGUUAUACGGUAACGAGAUCUGAUCUCUAUCUCAGCGACUUUUUAAACAAAGCCCGAAAUUUAAAGUACAGUAGCGAACGUCCAUGCCAAACACGACGUUUACUUGGUUGAAACCUUCCUCGAAUCGUUUGAGUCGUUAGGUUCCGAACUGUGGUUAAAGUGUAUGCAUUAUUUGUAGUCUUCUGAUGACUACUUCUAGCGAAAGUUUGGCGAAUGUCUGGAAUACUGGAGAUAUUGCCAAGAAGUCUCUGACAAACGGAGCUGUUUCCUCACCAAAUAUUGCUGGAUCUCGUGAAACUAUAGCUCAAAGAAGCAUCCUAAACGGGUUAAACAAAAUCGAUUCAGAGAAGCUUCAUAUGCAGAUCUCUUCAAAUAUUGCAAGUACACUACCACAAACCAGUGUCACUGCUGUGAGACCCAAAGUUAAUUCUGUUGAACAACAAUUCACAAGUCCCACCAUAAUUCCUGCAAAAAUGUCGCCAAUGAUUUUGCCAAAAACAAUGGAUCCAGCAUCCCCAUUGGUAUUGGGAACGUCAUCACCUCAUGGUCAGAUGAAUGUAACCACCCCUCAAUACAUAGUUGCUUCACCUCAUGGUGCCUGGUCCAGUGGUGAAAGUCUAUCCGGAAGUCGAAAGAGAAGACUAGACCUGGAUGAAUCGCCUGAUAGUGCUGAAAGAAAAAAGCGUGGCAAACGAAUCAUGAGUGCUCCAAAGACGCCAAAUGAUAAAGUUGGAAAAGGGCUUCGACAUUUUUCAAUGAAAGUUUGUGAAAAAGUACAACAAAAAGGAACAACAUCGUACAAUGAGGUUGCAGAUGAACUUGUGCAAGAAUUUAGUGAUCCUGAGAAACAUAUGAGUCAGGCUGAGCAGCAGUACGACCAGAAGAAUAUCAGGCGUCGGGUUUACGAUGCUCUUAAUGUUCUUAUGGCUAUGAAUAUUAUAUCGAAGGAGAAGAAAGAAAUUAAGUGGAUUGGUUUGCCAACAAAUUCAGCGCAAGAAUGCCAGCACCUUGAGACCGAAAGAGCUGAAAAAGUUGCGAGGAUUCAACAAAAGACGGCACAGUUACAGGAACUAAUUUUGCAGCAAAUAGCGUUUAAGAAUCUAGUAAAGAGAAAUAAAAAAGUUGAGGAAGAAAAAGGACCACCUCGAGCUAACACAACAAUACAUCUUCCUUUCAUUAUUGUCAACACGAGCAAGAAAACUGUCAUUGAUUGCAGCAUUUCGAAUGACAAAUUCGAAUAUCUUUUUAACUUCGACAACAGAUUUGAGAUCCAUGAUGAUAUUGAAGUAUUAAAAAGAAUGGGAAUGGCUUUUGGCUUAGAGAAGAAAGUUUGUAAUGACAGUAAUAUUGAGUUGGCAAAAACCAUGGUGCCAAAAGCACUGGAACCCUACGUGACAGAUCUGGCUAAGAACGGCCCUUCAGGUUUAGGAUCAACUGGUAUCACUCCAGCUACUCCAACGAAACAAGGCUCCCCGAACUCGCCAUGUACUGUACACACUCCCAUUAAAUCAUCGCCGUUAGCAACGCCUUUGACUACCUCAUCAGAAUCUGUUGCCAACGGAGUUCAAACGCCGUCAGGACAUCGUGCAACAACACCGUCGCUAAGCUCAUGUCCGUCAUCACCCCCAGGAACUCCUCACACCGACUCGGAGUCAUCACGUGAUGGGUUUGGCGACGGAGAGGCAACGCCGAAAUAAGAAUGUUAAAAGAGGAUAUUACACAUCACUUGCUCAUAUAAACAUGUCUUGUUCAUCCUGCAUCUCCGGCGUUUUAUGGGGAAAACUUGUUUGCAGAUGUUUUGUAUUUUAUUCUGAAAUAUUUUCCAUACAUCAGUUAUAGCUUUUGUGGAUUUGUAGAAUUUAGCAGCGCAAAUUCUUGCAUGUAUUAUAUUAUAUUAUAUUAUAUAUAUAUAGUCUGCAUCAAGGCACUGACACUGGUCUUAUGAAUGCAUUUCUUGCAUUGAAUUCACUAGGCAUGAUAUCAAUUGCGCUUUCUCAACAAGUAGGUAAAUUUCUUAACGAAUGUAUAGUUAAUAUAUGAGUAUAAAGAUAAAGAAGCAUUGCUCCAAACUAAUGGUAUCAUCUGGGGCUUUCGUUUACUAUGUAGCCACAUAAUACUUAGCCUGAGUUACAGCUGCUUGUAUUAUGGCAGUGACUGGGUAAUUGCAGCAACAGAGCUUUUAAAUCUUCUGCAUGUUAUGUGACUAAGUUUGCACUAACACUGAAAUAAUGGUAUAAGAAAAGUAAUUAAAAGUUAAUAAUGGUGUAGGAU